AUGCAUCUCUUCCCGUCGCUUUGUGCGGCGCCCUCGUCUUGGUCUUCUUCCGCUUCGAACACGUCGCUCGCGGGGAAGUCUCCGUCGAAGAAAAGCAGCGCUCGUCGUCGCUCUUCUCAAACGCGACGAAGACGAGCACCUCAAAGUUGUUCGACGACGAUGAAAACGGAAACAGAGAAAACGCUCCUUCUCAGAGUGCACGUCUUUUCAACGAAGGCACGAACGCAAAGACGUUUGAAAUCAAAAUCGAUUUUGGUGACGAGAGCGGUGUCUUCUUCUUCUUCUUCUUCUUCUUUCCGAGAGGAAGAGGACGAGUAUUUAGAAGAUGAAGAUGAAGACAACGCGUAUUAUUCUUUCGACGAUGAUGAAGAUUUCGAGCGAGCGAAGGAGCGAGAGCGCGUUGGGCAGCGAACUUCCGAUCGGCAAAGAGCGAGAUUGGCGACUGGUUUUGGAAAAGGGAGGAAAAAUGCCUCGUCUUCUACAUCGUCAUCCUCUUCUCUGUCAUCAUCGAGAGAAAACGAGCAAAAAUUGGCGGCGUUAAUCGACGGCGGUGAAGUGUUUUUUCUCACCACCGCGGUGGCGAUGAAGGCGAGGCAAGUGUACGUGGAGCAAAGAGCGCGAGCGGAGAACGAGAACGCUUCGGUCGCCUCGAGUUCAGGCGGCGCUUUGAUGGAUUUGCCGUUGUAUUUAGCCGUGGUCGUCGGAGCGGUUUUGAGACGCGCGUCAACGAUUGCUUCUGGGAGCGGUAUGUUCUCGUCUGUGUUUGCGAGUAAAAGUGAUAAGGUGAAAUUUCCGAGAGCGGUAAACGCGCGAGUGCAGAAUUUAGAAGUUGGUUUGGAGCGUUUGGAUGAAAAUCAACGAAGAUAUUCUCGGGACGUGUCGAGACUUGGGACGAGAGUGAGGUUGACGAGACGAGAGUUAUCGCCGAUGAUUCGCAGAGCAGAGGCGACGAGCGUAGCGUUUGGGGAAGUGGCGGCAGAGUUAGCGAAAAGAAUCGAAGUCGCAGAGGAGGAAGGGAGUAAGUUGGCGGAAACGAUGGCGAGUUUACACGCGGUUUCGGCGAAACAGUUUGAAGUUUUGAGUAAAAGCGUGAGAGAAUUGAGAGCGGCAAUGAAGGAGCUCGAGAUGGAAGCUGAAGAAGCGGCGAUGAUGACGAGCGAGGAAAUCGCCUUCUCGAAGAAGACGAACGGCGUCAUCAACUCUUCUCGAUUCGCGAAAAAAGAGGAACUGGAGAAACUGGAACGCAUGCUCACCGAAGCGCUCGAAGAGAUGGAGGAUUGUUUAACCACAAUGGUUCGCGAAAAAGCCAUCGCUCUAGGCGAGGAAAUAGACGACAUAUCGUUAAUGAAAGACGAUUCAGACGAUGUAAACGACGACGAAGAGCGAGAGGAGGAGAAGAACAAAGAACUCGUCUGGGUGGGCGAAUCAUCCGCGCAAAAGAAAAAAAGCGCGUUGUUGGAGUCAAAGUCCCAAAACGCGGGGAAAAGCGCCGCCGACGACGAAAAAAAAAUCGCCGCCGAAAACGAGCCGCCAACCAUUCAGCUCUACAAGUUCGACGAGUUUAACAGUAGCAGCAGCAGUAGGAGUAGCAAUAGUAGUAGUAGUAGUACCGAUGAUGAGAGCGGAACACGCAGAGACGUCAGCGACGAGUAA